UGGAAGGAUUGGAAGCAUGAGGAAGCCUCUCUAGCAAUGUUUGACGACAUGGUGGAGGAAUGUAACCUGAAGAAGGAGAUGUAUGAGUAUGAGGAUAAGGACAAGAAGAAGACGAAGAAGAAUCUGCUGGACAUUGACCUGAUGUUCAUCAAAGACAUGAUUAAAGGACAGCCAUCUGAAGGCCAUCCAGAAGAAAAGUCCUUCCUCUAUGAAAUCGUGGCCAACAAAAGAAAUGGCGUUGAUGUGGACAAGUUUGACUACCUUGCCAGGGACGCCUACCACCUGGGCAUCAAGACCAACUUUGACCAUCUGCGCUUCAUCAAGUUUGCCAGAGUGUGUGAGGUGGACGGGCAGAAGCAAAUCUGUACAAGAGACAAGGUGCUGACUUUGCAAUUUCUUCUUUUUCGAUCACUUUUUAAAACAGCAAACUAUUUCAGGGUCCAACAAUAAGGAUUGCCCGAUGAGAUACGUUACUACGAUGUCACAAUAUGAUAAUUUAAUAUCACAAUUAUCAGAGAAAAUAUGAAUAUGUUUUACGGUUUUAAUUAUUAUUAACCAGAAUAUUUGUAAUCAGCCUGUAGCUAACGAACUAAGAUAUGAAUAAUCAACUUUUCCCUUUACUUUGUUUAAGACAUCAUUACGGGUUAUUUACAUAAAAACACAAUUCAAAUGAUUAGGAAAUAAACAUUUAUAUUUUUAUUGCUAAAAACAUCUAGUCAUUAGUUUUAAUGAUGUAUUAUACGCUGUUUAGAGCAAGUGAGAGGAAGUUAAACGGGUCAUAAUUCAUCUUUAAUAUCUAUUUUAUAUUGCUGUGAAACAUCUCCUUCAAACAACUAGAUUCAUUUGUUCAA